AUGACGCAAACAAUAAUCGACAAUGUCGCCGCCAAAGGCAUUUCCUAUUACACACCUGCACAGGAGCCUCCAGCAGGAACUCAAUUAGAGGGAUCAAUCAAGCUGUUCACCCCUCUUACUAUCCGUGGUGUCACGCUUCCAAACCGUCUGUUCCUUGCUCCCCUUUGCCAGUACUCUGCCAAUGCCAAUGAUGCCAAGGUCACCGAUUGGCAUUUGACGCAUUUAGGAGGCAUUCUCCAGCGUGGCCCGGGGCUGGCAAUUAUGGAAUCCACCGCGGUGCAGAGAUUGGGCCGUAUCACACCUCAAGAUCUUGGUCUCUACGAAGAUGCUCAGAUUGAACCGUUGAAGCGGAUCACCGAAUUUGCCCACAGCCAGAGCCAGAAGAUCGCGAUUCAAUUAGCUCACGCUGGUCGAAAGGCCAGUGCAGUUGCUCCCUGGCUGAGCCUGAAUGCUAUGGCUGCUAAGGAAGUCGGCGGGUGGGAUGAGCUCGUUGCCCCAUCGGCAAUCCCCUUUGAGGAAGGGGUCAACAUAGUGCCCAAGGCCCUUACCUUGGAUGAUAUCGAGGCAUUGAUCAAAGAUUUCGCAGAGGCUGCGAAAAGGGCUGUCAAGGCCAACUUUGAUGCUAUUGAGAUUCACUCCGCUCAUGGGUAUCUAUUGCACCAGUUUUUGAGCCCUGUUAGCAACAAAAGAACGGAUCGAUAUGGAGGUAGUUUCGAAAAUAGAAUCAGACUACUCCUGGAGAUCUCUGACGCUAUUCGAGCUAGCAUCCCGCAAACAAUGCCUCUAUUGAUCCGAAUCAGUGCAACUGAUUGGUUCGAAUUCACUAAAGAUGAUGAAUUAAAGAAAGAAUUUCCCGAGAGCUGGACAGUUGCCGAAUCGGUUCAGCUCGCCCCGCUCUUAGCUGAACAUGGUGUCGACUUGGUCGAUGUCAGCUCAGGUGGGAUUCACCCCAAGUCUGCGAUUGCGAUCAGGCCAGGGCCUGCCUACCAGGUGCAUUUGGCUCAAGAGAUCAAAAAAGCUGUUGGCGACAAGCUAUUGAUCACAGCUGUCGGCGGAAUCAAAACAGGGCCUCUGGCCGAGGAGGUGGUGCAAUCUGGCAUUGACGCAGUGCAGGCAGGGCGCUGGUUCCAGCAGAAUCCUGGCUUGGUUCGCGCUUUUGCUAAUGAGCUGGGGGUGAAAGUGAGAAUGGCCACGCAAAUCGACUGGAGUUUCGAAGGACGUGGAAAGGGAACACAGAAGAGCUCGUGA